GUGCUCUUAUAUCCAUCACGCGACUCCAUGCAAGCUCGACACUGAUGCAAGUCCUUUCAAAAAAUAAGAAACACGACACGAACGCAUGAAUACCUGAUUGCUGCCUCACCACUCCAAACUGCGAAGGCUAUAGGCCUAUCGAUCGACGACGCCGAUCGCAAUGCCCUCCGCCGUGAGCAAGGAUGAAUUGUGUGAAUCGAUACUUGACUUUGCGACCAACGGCACUUAUCCAGACUCUCAAGACCUCGUGUCUUUAGACUUCCCUUUGUCACUCCUCCCAGAAGAGUUGCGACGCAUCUCCGAAGUCCGCGAGCAAGUACAGAAAGAGAUAUGCGCUCUUAGCAAUAACACCAAAUUAGACGUCGAUGGAUGGAUAUUUCAGGCCCGCCAAUUGCAUACAGAUAUUGAGCGAUCGAGGGAUAUAGCGCGAGAAAUCGUUGCGCAACACGAGAGGACGCUGCCACUCCAAGCUGCCGUCAAGGAUGCAUCUGCAAAGGUGAAUUUGGUACAGACCGAACUCACCUUCAACCAAGCGGUCACGGAUGUAUUGGAGAAGGCGCGGGAGUUUUGUUCCCGCAUAGACGACGGCCAAAAAGCUGUCGAAGAAGAGCGUAUCACCGAUGCAAUUGCCUACGUUGAAUCUGCAGAAAGCUUCUUGAAAGACGCGAAGCUCUCGGGGUAUGAUGGCCUGUCAAAUAUUCUUCAUGAGAACGCGUCCCAUCUACGAAAAUCGAUUAUAGAGCUACUCCGGUUGCAAUGGGCUUCUGAAGUACGCAUCAACAAAAAUGAAAUGGCGUUACAUAUCAACAAUGAACCUGACCAAUCGAAACUAUACACGUUAAUUGAAUCGCUUUCGCAGCUUCAUGUCCUUGAAUCUGUAAAUAAUUUUUUUCAGCGCGACCUUAUGGAAUCCAUAAUCCAGCCAAUUAUCGUGUCCCAUGUUCCUGGAGAAGGCUGCGAAGUCUCAGUUGACAAUCACGGUUUGAAAGUAGGGAAAGCAGUCUCUACUUCAGUGUCCGAAGUGUUCAACCGACUUGCUGUGGUCCUCAGUUAUCUUCAGAAGAAACUGCCGCUAUCUAUUUUGGAGCCGCUAUCGCAGAGUAUCAUCCCGACUAUAUCGACGACACUAUGUGACUCAUGGCUCACUCCUUCUAUACCAUUGGACGUGGAUCAUCUGCAGGCUUUUGAAGGAACCUUGACUUCUGUAAAGGACUUCUGUGGGUUAAUCGAAGGGUUCGGGUGGCAUGGCCAAGAAAGUCUUGCUUCUUGGAUUGACCAAUUCCCUCGUUUAUGGCUGACAUGUCGAAGAGUUGAUUCGCUGGAUCAAGUCCGCAAGAUUUUAAUCCAUAGCAAUGGCGCAACGAAGGAAGUCACCAGGGUUGAAAAACAGAUGGUAACGAGCGACGACGACGUUUUACUCGAUUCUGGUGCAAUGGACGAAUGGGACGCUGACUGGGAUGAUGAGAACGAAGAGGAACCAAAACAAGCAGCAACAGAUGAAGAUGAUGUCAGUGCUUGGGGCUUAGAGGAUGAAGCAGAAAACGAGGCAAAAGCCGACGACGAUGCAGACGAUGCUUGGGGCUGGGGAGACGAUAAUGAGGAUCGGAAUCCUGUAGAGAAGGAGGAAGCUCCUCUUCGAAAUCCACACCAAGAAAAGAGCUCUUCAAAACCCACGGCAGCCAAGGAGAUCACGUUGACAGAAACAUAUAUGGUGACAGACAUCCCAGACUCGAUCAUUACGCUUGUUAUGCGACAAAUUUCGGAUUCGCAGUCUCUGUCCGGGCCAGAUUUUUCCACAAGUCGUGUCGUCUCCUCAAAAACUGGUCUCACGGCACUACCGACACUAAUUCUAGCAAUGUUCAAAGCAAUAGCCUCAUCAUUUUAUUCGUUGAAGCUGAACGCCGGAAACAUACAUUUGUACAACGAUAGCAUGUAUCUGGCGGAGCAGGUUCGCAAUAUUGUAACGGAGCAGCAGAUGGCAAGAUUAUUAUCUGACGUCGAUGGCCUAGAACGAUUUGCCAGAUUAUCUUAUAGCAAAGAGAUGCAGACGCAGCGCACAAUUGUAACAGACCUGCUCGAUGGAAGCCAAGGUUUCAUUCACUGCUCGGAGCAACCUUUCCUCAAGGAGUGUGAAAACGCCAUCGACGCUACGGUUGACAGGAUUCGCGAUUUGUUCAAAGAAUGGAAGGGAAUUUUAUCUCAUUCGGCACUGCUUCAGGCCAUGGGCUCCCUCGUUUCCACGGUCAUCAACAAAACUAUCAUUGACAUCGAGGAUUUAUCUGACAUCUCUGAGGAAGAGUCUCAGCAGCUGCUGUCAUUCUGCAACAAACUUUCAAAGCUGGAAGACAUGUUCAUGCCAGAACCAGCUACCGAUGGUGUCUCCACAGCGGCCGUCUACGUACGAAACUGGUUGAAGUUCCAGUAUUUGAUAAGCAUACUCGAGAGCUCUUUGGCUGAUAUUAGAUAUCUCUGGACGGAGGGAGAGCUGAGCUUGGAAUUUACGGGUGGCGAGGUCAUAGACCUGAUCAAUGCGUUAUUCGCAGAGUCGGACCAUCGACGGAAGACAAUAUCUGAAAUUCGUCGCACACACGUGGGGACUUGAUACGAGCAGUAUAUGUCAUAAAACAGUAACACUUCCUUCAACAUUGGUAUUGAGUAUGUCAUUUUGUAUAAAUAAUAGAACCAAGUACUACAUCCUAUACAAUUGAUGUUAAAUUUAGUAUGAUAAAUUCACCCCAAAAUUAUGGCUUGAAAUUAUAAAAUG